GUUGGUGAAAAAAACUUGUGCUUAGCUGCCUGAAUAUGCAAUGUUUUGGUUUCCAGUUAAAUCCCAUUGUUAUUGUAAAAUUUAUCCCUCAAAUCAUUCUAGUGAUGUUCACAUUUCUAACUAGACAUUAAACACUUUUGUGAAAGAUUGUGUCAAUAUCGUUUCAUCUCCUCUGCAUUCAGGAGAAUCUAUGCUGUAUUCUUUGUUAUCUGCGCCACUGUCUUGGUUGCUAAGGUUUUGGAUUAAUUGCAUGUAGGCACAUCUGAUUGGGGAUGCCCUCAGCUACUUUGUAUCACACUUGAGAGAAGACUCACAUUUGCUGUUUCUAAAUUGUAUUUGGAUGAUGGUAGGAGCAUUCUAGCUGCCUGAAUAUGCAAUGCUUUAGUUUCCAGUAAAACCCCAUUGUUAUUGUAAUAUUUAUCCCUAAUAUUAUAUCCCAAAUCAUUGUAGCAAUGUCCAUAUUUCUAACUAGAUGGGGAUGGUUUGUGGGAGGUUCCAGGUUCAAGUCCCAAUGGGGAGAAAAAAAUUUACCUAUUAAAAAAAUUAUAUAUCUAACUAGAUGGUAAACAAUUUUGUGAAAGAUUGCUGACAUUGUAUCAAUAUUAUCUCAUAUCCUCGGCAUACAGAAGAAUCUAAGCUGUAUUCUUUGUUAUCUGUUGGGCAUUGAGUGCCAGUGUUUUGUGUGCUAAGGUUUUGGAUUAAUUGCAUAUAGCCUCAUCUGAUUUGAGGGUGUGCUAGGUGUUUCAGAUUCAGCUACUUUGUAUCACACACACACACAUGAGAGUAGACUCUCACAUUUGCUGCUUCUAAAUUGUAUUUGGAUAAUGGUAGGAGCAUUUUAAAUAUAGAAAUGACUCAGUGUAAGAGGAAGGGUAAAUGCAAAGUCUCUGUAAUUUCUUGGAAGUUCUCUGAUUUUGUAACUUUUAUAUGUUGUAUUAAACAUAAUCCAUCAAUGAGUUGACCUCCAAUUAGAAAAGCAGUUCUAGAAGCUGGGUUGGUGAUAGAAUAAUAGUAAUUAGAAUAAAUAACCCCUCCUAUCAGAGCUGAAGUCUGAACUGUUCAAAUCAGAGGAUAAGAGUAUGACAGUUGAUUAGGUAACCUUUAUGCAUCAAACCAUCACCAAAAUAACUAAAACCAUUUUUAUUUCCCAUCAUAUCUUCCCCUCCAAGGCUUUGACAGUCAGAUCUGCCAUUUUUGUAAGAGACUAAAUUUUGGAGCUUCAAAUUUUCUUUUCCUAUUAUAUUUAAUAUCAUCAACGCCGUCCAUGGCGCAAGCAUCAGUGUGAAAAGCAAGUACUAUUGCAAUAGCAUACGUUAUAUGAGCAUAUGCUUCAGGCAGUCAUGUUUAACAUUGAUUUUGCUUGGAUCCUCAUUGAAGAUUGACUUAGUAUUUGAUCCAUGCACAUGUUAAUGUUUUCCUAAGAACUGAACUCCUCUUUGAAGUAUCUUAUAGUAAGGUUGAGCAAGUCCAAGAUCAUUAGAUUGUAACCUGAAACCAAACAUUUCAAUGUUUUCAAUUGGAAAAUCCCACUUGUUCUAUACUUGUAAAGGUGAACUUUCUUUGCAUUAAUCAAUUGAAUUAUGUUAAUUAAAAUAACAUCGAAUUUGAUAGAAACCAGGGAAUUGGUCAUAUAAUUUUCACUCUAUAUAAACAUAUGCCCUUUGAUCUGUUCUGUACUGCAAUUUGGGAGAAACCUGAGCCGAUAGCCAUGUCUGCCUUUCGGUCUUUCUUCAUGUGCUUUGUGGUAGCUGCCGCUAUUGUGAUCCCUAUAUCUGCACAACUCUCUCCUGAUUUUUAUGACAAGUUGUGCCCGCAGGCAUUGCCCACCAUUAGAUCAAUUCUCGAAAAGGCAAUCUAUCAUGAGCCACGCCUUGGAGCAUCACUGCUUCGAGUGCACUUCCAUGACUGUUUUGUGAAUGGUUGUGAUGCAUCAGUUCUGCUAGACGACACCCCCAACUUCACUGGUGAGAAGACAGCCGGGCCCAAUCUCAAUUCCCUUAGGGGUUUUGAAGUGAUAGAUGAAAUCAAAGAAGCCGUUAACUCAGCUUGCUGCGGCAAUGUGGUGUCAUGUGCAGAUAUCCUAGCUGUUGCAGCUCGCGACUCUGUUGCCAUUUUGGGAGGUCCAUCAUACCAAGUAUUAUUGGGCAGAAGAGAUGCGAGAACAGCAAGUCUUAACGAUGCAAACAGCGAUAUCCCACGUCCAAUUUUUGACUUCCCAGCGCUUCUCUCCAACUUUCAAAAUCAUGGGCUAGACCUAAAUGACCUUGUUCUGCUCUCAGGCGGCCACACCAUUGGCCUUGCCCGUUGCACCAAUUUCAGGGACAGGAUCUACAACGAGACCAACAUAAAACCCAAGUUUGCUGCCUCCUUGCGUGGGAUAUGCCCUAAAGAGGGAGGAGAUGACAACACAGCAACUCUAGAUGCUACAACAGCAAACUUCGACACAGAGUACUUCAAAGACUUGCUGAAACUAAAGGGUCUCCUCCAUUCUGAUCAGGAGCUCUUCAAGGGUGUUGGCAGUGCUAGCGAUGGUCUAGUGCAAUACUACAACAACAACCCAGGAGCCUUCUUUGCAGACUUCGGUGUUUCCAUGAUCAAAAUGGGCAACAUGAAGCCUCUCACUGGAUCAGACGGAGAGAUCAGGAUGAAUUGCCGGAAAAUUAAUUAACUAGGACUACAUUAUCAUGUGGGUAAUGCAACAAAUAACCUGGAGAGUUGUUUGUGUGUAAAUCUCCAUCUCCUUCAGUUUCCCAGAGUGUAACUUCAGCUUAUUUCUUCUCUUCUCCUCGCUCUCCCCAAGAGUCCAAGUCCAUGUCAAAAUCAUGUUGUCUUCUGUGAUAUCCAUUUCAUGGAUUCACAACUUUGUUAUGUACUACCUUAUUGUAUUGUUCGGUGAAAGAAAUGAGAAAACCACUUGUCCAUUAA